AUCUCGGGAAGCGUGUGCGGACUACAUAGUGGAACGAGGAGGGAGUAGUACGUAGUACUGUGGAUUUCAGUUCAUAGCAUACCGUGGGGAAUGUUGUUUGCGGUUUGUCAUCUUAGUCGUCCAUUUACUUGAUCGGACGGUGGACGGGAACCUUCGAGCCCCGAUAGAGGUGCCGCUUCUUCACCGACGAGGUCCAUCUACCUCGGCGGCGUUUCAUUCGACAGCCACAUGAACGCGGCCAAGUCCGGCGGCCGCAUGCUCGCGCGGCGCGUCGUCGUACCGUCCCUCUGCCGCGGUGCCGCCUCCGCCGUGCCCGCGGCCGCCGCGGCGACGCCCCAGCACGUCUCCCACUACCUCGCGAGCAGCCCGAGGGUGACCUGGGAGGCGCUCUCCGCCGCGUUCCCCGGCGCCCCGGCGCCCGAGGGCCACGUCGACGCCGUGCUCCUCUCCCUCGCCAGGAACCCCAGCCCCUCCCCCUCCUCCGCCGAGACCGUCGCCAAGAACGCGCACAGCUUCUUCCACUGGUCCGCCGCCGCCUCGUCGCCGUCCCCCCACUCGCUCCGCUCCUACUGCCUCCUCGUCCACCUCCUCGCCCGCGCGGCCCUCAUCAGCCACGCCUCCGUGAUCCUCCAGGCCGCCAUCACCAGGCACCCCUCCUCGCCCGCUUCGGAUUUCCUGGACGCCUUCUUCGCGGCCUACGAGGACAGCGGCACCGCCGCGACCACCCGCGGCCUCCACCUCCUGGUGCACGCCUACGCGCAGCUCCGCCUCCCGGAGGAGGCCCUUGAGGCCUGCCGGUACCUGGCGCUCCGCCGCGUGCUCCCCUCCAUCUCCGCCUUCAACGCCGUGCUGCACGCGGCGCAGCGCACCGGCCGGUUCCGGGUCGCCUGGGAGGUGUUCGAGCUAAUGACGCUGAAGCGGGUGUACGCCAGCCAGGCCACCGUCGAGCUUGUCGUCGGCGUGCUGAGCCGGGAGGGCGCACUUGCCAGGAUGGCGGCCCUCGUGGAGAGGAUCCACGGCAAGAAGUGCGCGCCGGGCGUCGUGGCGCACGUUGCGCUGGCGCUGUGGAUCUUCGAGGAGGGGAGGACCGAGGAAGGGAUCUUGCUGCUCAGGAGGAUGCUGCAGAGGAACAUGGUGUUUGAUGACGUUGCUUACUCGCUGAUGGUGCAUGCCCACUGUCGUAUUGGUGAUCUGGAGUCGGCGCGCGAGCAGUGGGACGACAUGGUCCGACGAGGCUGUCGCCUGAACCCAUUUGUGUAUACUUGCCUCAUCGGAGUACAUUGCCGUCAAGGCAAUGUCAGUGAGGCCAUGCAGUUGCUGCAAGAAAUGCUGUCCAGGGGGUUGAAACCGUAUGAUGCUACAUACAGUCACCUCGUCACCGGGUGUUUUAGACAUGAGAAGACAGAUGAGGGCUCGGAGUACUUUGACAAGAUGAUCCAUGAAGGCCUUGUGCCGGACAUUGGCACUUGCAAUGAGAUCUUAGAGGCGAUGUGUGGUGCUGGACAGGUCGGCAAGGCAAACGAGUUGGUGACGGCAAUGAUCGACAGAGGAAUUAUUCCUGGUCAGGAUACAUACUGUAAGCUCAUUGAUGGGUACAGCAAGGUUGGUGAUGCUGAAGGUGUUGUCAAGAUUUAUCAUGAGAUGGAGCACAGGGGACUUAACCAUGGCAUCGAAGUUUUUGCCUCCCUGAUCAGUGGCCUGUGCCAGUGUGGGAAUCCAAAGGAAGCUGAGAAGUUUGUGUCUGUGAUGGAGAGGAAAUUGCUGGCUCCGACUAGUGACAUAAGCGAUAUGCUGAUCAGCAGUUACUGUGAGAAGGGUAACACUAAGAGCGCACUUCGGUUAUAUGACAGGAUGAUUGCACGGAGCGAGAAGCUAAUCCCCUCUGCGGAUACGUUUAUGAUGUUGGUGAGAAGAGUCAUCAAAGUAAAGACAUAGCUCCCAUAAUACCUGAUCUCGCAGUUAGAUGGUUUGUGCUUAAUGGGAGAAAAGCUAAAGGGGGCUAAGGAUAGGCGAAGGUAAAGAAGGAGAAGGUUGCUAUUAUUUAAUACAAGAUUCGUCUACAUAUUGCACUUGUUGUACCUUUGCAAAGGCAAUGGUAAAAAUAGUAGGCUAGCCAACAGUGAACCACCAUGAGGCUGCUGAAAAUAAAAGGACAUGUAAGGAGAAAUUAAGGCCUCCCUAACUCCCGAGAAAUGAAACCUGCCCUACAAGUGAGGGGAGGAAUUACAAGAGAA